AUGUUAAUUAACGAAAGUAAUUUCAAACAAAUCAUCGAUACAAUACGAAAAGUUCAUCAAACGAGUAUCGAUCAACGCUUGAUCGAUUUAACGGAUUAUUUAACUGAACUUUUCCAAUCAAUUCAAAUUGAACAAACGAAUAUUUUUGAAGUUUUAACGAAAUUAUUACACGAUUAUGAAGAUCGUGCUGCGUUGAAAAUCGAAUUUCUUAAAGGCAAAUGUUUGGAAAGUGUUUAUGAAAAGUUAAACACGAAUGAAACUCAUCUUCAAAUCAUUUUCGAAUUUGUCAUCGAACUUCUCAAAGAUUCGGAAAAUGUCCAAGAAAAAUUCCUCGAAUUUAAUGGUUAUGACAAAUAUUUUCAAUCUCUCUGUCAUAUUCAUUCACCAACGAAUGAAUUUCUCAAUCAAUUAAUCCUUCUUCUCAUCGAAAAACCUGAAGAUGCAUCAACAAUCUCCUUCGAUUCAUAUUUAGUCUUUAAUAAUCCACAUCUCGCUCGUUCGUUGAUCGAAUGGAUUCCUUAUCUGAAAAAUUCUUCGUCUCAACAGUUGAUUAUUUCGUCCGUCGAUCAAAUUAUCUCACGUUCAUUGCCGAACAAGAUGAUGGCGUGUGGAAAUGGAGUUAUUUCGAGUUUACUUCGGAUAUUGAGGAAAUCAAAAGAGAUCGACGAGAAAAUUCUGUCAGCAGUGUUGUCAUUAUUGAAUAACUUGGCACGAUUUUCGAUAAAUCCGCAAGAUAUUCGACUAAUCAAUCAAUUACUCAGCGAAAAUAUCGGUUUAAAAAAAGAACUAUUACAAUUGUUAAUCAUCUCAGCUAAACAUGAUGAUCCCGAUACACAAUUGAUUUCAUCCUAUUUCGAUUUACAACGACCAAAUAGUGGAAUCGUUUUACCCGCAAUUCAACGUUGGCCAUCCUUAUCCUCCUCAACAAGUUCAUCGACUACGGGUCAACAUUUUACAUUUCAUUGUUGGAUCCGACCUAACCACGAAAUCAAUUCGUAUCCAUACGAAGGCCGUCGACAGAUUUACUCCUUCUAUUCGAAUUCUAUUGGUUUCGAAUCGUUUCUACGCAGCUCUUCGAUAUUUGUUUUGAUCAGCGAUCGCCGUGAGAUUGCGUACAUUGAAAUCCAAGAUUGUGAUGAUCUAAUCGAUGGAUUUUGGCAUUCAUUAACUAUUGUUCAUGCUGCUCAACGACCUUCAUUGUUCGGUUCAGCUUUUCAAUCAACAUUGACAUGCCAAUUGUCGGUGUAUAUCGAUGGUUUAUUACGAAAGGAGAUCAAGAAUUUUAAAUACGUUUUGACGAUGAAUGAACCAAUAAAUUUAGCAUCGAUUGGUUCGGCAAGUCAACGUCCGAAAUCGUCGGAAAUGAAACAACGAAAUGAUUCCUUAUCAUUAACAUUAGUGAAGAGUAUUCAGCCAUUAAAAGGGUUAUUCUCAUCGAAAAGUCGAACACCGAUGCCAAGAAGGGAAAAUCAAGAUUUUUACUCACAAAAUGUGAUGAUCAUCGAUGCGGAUACUCAAGAUACAAUCUUUGGCCACUCAACAUGCUUAUAUGGACAAAUUGCAUGUAUUUGGAUCUUAGCUGAGACAUUAGAUGAACAACAAGUGAAAUCUCUUCACGAAAUGGGUAAUCAUUUGUCUCAUUCUUCAUCAAUGAACGAUGAAAAUUCUCAUCCGUCAACAAUUUUUGAUUCGUUUUGCGCUCGUUCGUUGUUACUCUAUCAUCCUUUAGCAUGUAACAAUCAAAUUUGUCUUGAUAUAUCCGGCUAUUCUUCACUUCAUGGUCGACUCAUCAAUGGCUCAUGUCUUCGCCUUUAUUCUUUCGCUCAAUCUCUUUCCACCUUAGGUGGUUGCUCAAUACUUUAUCCAUUAAUUGAAUUAUUCCAAGAAACUGAUUAUCACAAGUCCGAUGAAUCUUUCUCCUCGAAUGGAUAUCAAUUAACACCUCAUCAUCAUUUCUAUUCGAAUCCAAUUGCGUCAAUAAUUCAUCUAAUUCGGUGUGUUUUAUCAUCGAAAUCGAUGGUCAACUUGACUGAACAAAUGACUAAGCAUUAUAACGUGGAAAUUCUCGUGCAUUAUUUUGAAAAACUCUCGCCGGUGUUUCUGGAUCAGCAGUUUCUCAUUUCCAUCGAAGAAUUGAUUGAAUCGACUCGAUUGAUGAGUUCAUCGCGAUUGAUAAUUAAUCAACUGAUUGAAUAUGUUCUUUUGGAUUUUAAUCUCUGGAAAAAGUCGAAUUUCUAUGUUCGAUUGUUACAUUUACAAUAUAUUUUCAAAAUUCUUCGCGAAGAAAAUAAAAUCGAUCGAGACAAAUUCAAUAUUCAAUUCUUUUUGGAUAUUCUUCGUCAACAUUUCAAUACCACGAAAGACGAAAUCGAAUUACGCGAAGUCAUCUACGAAAUUCUUCGAUAUCUUUUUCAAAAUCAAAUCUCUUCGAAAACUCUCAACAUUUUUCUCUCGACAAUUUCUGUUGUAUCGAAUUCCAACGAUGAAUUAACUUCUGAAUUACUUGAAUUUCUCUCCGGAUCGUUAACCCAUUUGCCAAAUGACGGAAUUAUUGAACAAUUAUGCGAACCAAAUAUGGCCGAAGGACUCUACGCUCUUUUAACUUCGAAUAAUUUAACAAGUAGAACCAAAGAACUUGUCCUCCGAAUUCUCAAAACUUGUCUCGAGUCACAACGAAUAUCCCAAUCGGCACGAGCGCAGUUAAGAUUAGAAACGAAUCAUAUCGGUUUCGGUGGAAUCAUCUCCGGGAUUGCAAUUGAUAUGUUUAAUGAACUUAUUGUCGAGGAAAUUCUUGAUUUAAUCAUAGCUUCAAAUUCUGCAGCUGCAGUGCACCAUUUGAAUGUUGUUUUAACACUUUGUAGUGCAGGGUCGAUAAAUGUUCGAUUUAUUUCCAUGCGAAAAUUAAUGGCUUUUUUCCUCAGCCAUGAAAAUGCCUGUCAUUUGUAUGCAAAAUGCCACGGAUGGCAAGAAACUUUAGCACAUUUUUUCGUACAAACACGUCGAUUAAUGUCCCAUGUGCAUCAUAAUUCAUCUCCUGCGAUAUUAUCCUUGGACACACAAGUGCAAAGAUUGAGUUCGAUUCGGAACAAUGUCAAUCAACAUCGAGCGUCGAUUCCGAUCUUUGAUGUUUCAAGUCCUGAUGGUUUAUCCGAUGAAAAGUUCGAUUUAUCACUUAUAAAAGAUCAAGAAGAUCUGAACAGUUCGCAAACAUUCACGAUUACACCAACACAAUCAAUAAAUGAUAGUAAAGAAGAUCUUCUUUCGUCAUUAAAACCAGAAAAUUCCAACGAGGAGCUCAAUGGAAUGAUCGGCGGUCCCGAUGAUUCAAGAGGAAAGAGUGUUGAUAAUCUGAGAUCGCAUAUUCGAGCGUCUGAUGAUCAAACUGAUGGUGACCUUCUCGAAGAAAUGUGUGAAACUCUAAUCUUAGCCAUUGUUAUGAUUCUGUGGAAAGGAAUCGUCGGUCACGAUGAUGCUGCGUGGAUGAAUCGUGGUCAGAUGUUUUCUGCUCUUCGACAUCUCCAACGUGAAUACGAUCUAUACAUUUCGUUAGAAUAUAUCGAACGACGCAUUCUGGAAUUGAGUAUGGAAACAUGUUUAAACGAAAUGAAAUCAGAAAAAGGUAUGGAAUUGAGAAUGUUCAUGCUUUUUACACGUUCGUCAAUGACAGCCAUAGGACAGGACCGCACUUUGCGACGACGUUUGAGUUCAAAUGCUUCGCGAAAACCACAAAUAUCAGUUUCUGAAAGUAAUAUUCGUGAAUUAAUCAAACUUAUCAAUGAUUUUCUUUCUCAAUCCACGGACAAUACUGAUCGAAUCACUGACAAUCUUGUCAACGGUAUCAUCACCAUCUUCGAUACAUUGUUAAUUUUGAAAAUCGCUGAUCCUUCUGCUCAAUUCUCCACUCCAAAUAUUUCUCCUGAUGAUCAUUAUUCCGAAACAUCCAUUAGUGCAAUGAACAUUCUUCUCAUACUUCUCGCUCAUUCAAACAUAAAUUUCUGUAGUCAAGCAUCGAACCGUAUUCAUUUGUUAUUGAAUUAUCGUUCAUUGAAUGAUCGAGAGGAAGCAGCGUAUCUUUUAUCGAAAAUCAAUCAAAUUUUUCUUUCUAUUCCGAAUAUUGAACAUUCCGAGCAUUACAAUCAGAUUCUACCGUUAAUGAAGAUUAUUUUGGAAAAAUCUUUCGAUUUGUUACAAAUGAAUGCGGCUCUGUCGAACAUUCCGUUAUGUCGAGAAAUUUUAGCGACAAACGACGAUUUUCGUCAAUUUAUCUCGUCUAUCAAUCGCGAUGAGUGGCGCAAAUUUGUGAAACAAAUAACUGAACCUUAUGCGGAUCAUUAUUGUUCAAUGUCCGUAAGACCAUUUCAAAUGAAUAUGAAAAUUUGGUGGAAUAAUUGUCAAGAAAUGAUCAAUAUCAGUAUCCACAAACGUAAUCGACAAAUCGGUGUUGAAAAAUUAAAAUUUCAAACUCAUAUUGUUGAUCCAUGGCAUAAGCGUGCUCGGUCAGAUGAACAACGUAUUUCAAGAUUAAGUGAACGAGAACGUGUUCAUACGAUUCAUGUAAACAAGGAAUGGAAAGAUCGAAAAAAAUAUUGGUAUGGUGAACGAGGUUUAUGGUUGAACAGUGAAAACCUUGCUGAACGUCGAUGGAUGUUAUCCAAUCGAGAAAAUAUUCAUCGAAUGAAAUGUAAACUGAUUGAAAAUGAUCGAUUUAAUCUACAUGAAGAAUCCAGUCGAUUGAGAGACAAUUUAAAUGUGGAAACGACUACUUUUCUUGAACAAGACAACCUAAUGAGCAAAAGUGAAACAAUGCAUCAUCAUGAUGAACAUGAUUUUAUGAAUAUUUCCGCGCAAAGUCAAGCAUUUCUGGUGGAAGUCAAAGAAAAACCGAUUCUGGGUGUGAAAUGUUCGUUAAUCACUCCAACAGCAAAAACUCAUGGAGAAUUUCUUGUGACUGAUCGAUAUCUUUACUUUAUCGAUUCCAAUCCAAGGAAACGCUGUGAAAAUGAUCUAAAAUAUCCAUUGAUAUGGCUGCAAGAUAUUCAAUUACGUCGAUACAACUUACGUCCAACAGCUUUAGAGUUCUUUCUGAUAAAUCAAACGAAUUUUCUUUUAAAUUUGAAUUCAAAACUUCGCCGACAAGUAGUUAAUAAAUUUAUCUCAUUAAAAUUACCAUCAAUGAAAAAUCUUUCACCGAAUUCUCUGACUCCGCAAGAAAUUUUCAGAGAAUCGAAAAUCCUCGACAAAUGGAUGUCACGUGAACUGUCCAAUUUCGAUUACUUGAUGAUGUUAAACACAAUCGCCGGUCGAACAUACAACGAUCUCAAUCAAUAUCCAGUUUUCCCUUGGAUUAUUAAGGAUUUCACUUCGCAAGUCUUGGAUUUGAAGAAUCCCGAUGUUUUCCGAGAUUUUUCAAAACCAGUCGGAAUUCAAAAUCCUAAACAUAUCGAAGAGGUCAAAUCGAAAUAUGAAUCGUUCGAAGAUCCAUCGGGUUUAAUAAAGAAAUUUCACUAUGGUACGCAUUAUUCCAAUGCUGCAAGUGUUAUGCAUUAUUUGAUUCGUAUGGAACCAUUCACAACUUUGCAUAUUCAAUUGCAAAGUGGAAAAUUUGAUAUUGCCGAUCGACAAUUUCAUUCAUUUCAAUCUUCAUGGUCGAAUAUCAUGGAUUCGCCAAACGAUGGCAAAGAGCUAAUACCAGAAUUCUUCUAUUUACCUGAAUUUCUCUGCAAUUUGAAUAAAUUCGACUUAGGAAAACUUCAAUCAAAUAAUCAACUACUGAACGAUGUUCAAUUACCUCCAUGGGCGCAUGAUUCUCCCGAAGAAUUUAUUCGUUUACAUCGUUUAGCACUCGAAUCUGAUUACGUAUCCGCUCAUCUUCACAAAUGGAUCGAUCUUAUCUUUGGUUAUAAACAAACAGGACAAGCAGCAAUCGAUGCACUCAAUGUUUACAUGUACUGUUCAUAUGAACGACCGAUGGACGCUGACGUUAUUGAUGAUAACAUCGCGCGUGAAGCUAUUGAUGGGAUGAUCGAAAACUUCGGACAAAGUCCGUCACAAUUGUUGACGGAACCACAUCCGCAACGGCAAACACGUGAGCAAGUAACUAAUCAAAUGGAAGCACAAGGGCGAGGAUUGAAUAUGUUUCAAAAUUUAACGACGGUCAAAGCAUUUUUUGUGGAAGUAGUUCCUGAAAAUGCAAAACAGUCCGCACCGAUUAUAUUUAUUUCAAUACCUAAAAAUCAAACACGGUCGUUUAUCAAUCAAGGAAUACCUGACGUUUUAAUCAGUAUUAACAACCAAGGUGUUAUUGGAAAUAAUGGAUGGCAUCCGUAUGACAAAACAUCGAAUAAUUUCUUUACAUUCGAUCGAGAUCCAACAUUACAAACACAAAAAAAUCGAUUAACUACUAUUGCACCAUUUGCCUUAUCAAUCGACAUUACCUCUCGUCUGUUCGCUGUCUCUCACGACGCAAAAUACAUCUUCAGUGGUGCGCAUUGGGAUCGAUCUUUACGCACAUACUCCAUCUCAAAAACGAAAUCUAUUCAUUCGAUUACUCGUCACACCGACAUCAUUACGUGUUUAACAUUAGACUCCACAGGUUAUAUUCUCAUCACGGGUUCACGUGAUACAACUUGUAUAGUCUGGUACUUAUCAUUCAACGACAACCGACAUGUUCAUGAUCAAGAACCAACGUCAUUUCUCACUCCGGAAAGAAUUCUUUACGGUCAUUCGGCAGAAGUGACAUGUCUUGCUGUUUCAUCAGAGUUGGAUCUUGUUGUUUCGGGUUCAUUAGAUGGUACUUGUAAUAUUCAUACCCUUGAACAUGGAACUUACGUUCGAACACUACGACCGACAGAGGAGAACGAUCCAAUUGUGAAUUUGAAAUUAUCCGAUGAGCGACACAUUCUCGUUCAAACAGAAAAGAAUGAUACAUACUUGUUUUUAUAUUCGAUCAAUGGACAUUUAAUUCGAACAAGAAAAUUUGAAUAUCAAGUAAUUGAUAUGAUUUUAAGUGAUCAGUAUAUCGUUUUGGCGGUGAACCAUCAAAAGAAUGAUCCAACGUCUGGUAUGGCAAGGAUUAUUAUUAAAGAUUUGUUUGAAAUGACGACAAUUCAAACUAUUCGCCUUCGAACACAAAUUACAUGUCUUUAUUUAACAAAAGAUCAGAGUCAUCUGCUAGUUUCUGUGAAAGAUGGGAAGUUGUUUGUUUUAACAUCCGAGAAACGUCAGCAGAAAGCGUAA